CUGGUCACAUUGUUCCCUGGCCGUGGUCGAAGCAGAUGUAACUGCACAAUUCAGUGUGUCAUUCCUGGUUCCUGUUGUUCUGUACCCUUGCAGUGUUUUUUUCACUUACCGGUACUUUCUUUGUAGCACAUGCAGCUAUCUUUUGCAUUGCUCUUAAGUCCUUGGUGCUUGUUUUGCAGUUUUCCCAUGCUGUUAACACACACUUUCACCAGCCAAAUGGCUUACUCUGUGACCUUGAACGUGUGUGUGUGUGUGUGUGUGUGUGUGUGUGUGUGUGUGUGUGUGUGUGUGUGUGUGUGUGUGUGUGUGUGUGUGUGUGUGUGUGUGUGUGUGUGUGUGUGUGUGUGUGUGUGUGUGUGUGUGGGCAUUGUAUUAGAAUGAUGCGACAACUUCAGGUCAAUUACUUGCUGCUGUACCCGUCUGUCCGAUCCAGGUGGGUUCCUGCCUGUCUGAGCUAUUACACUAGUUUCAUUUUGCAAUGCAUCUGCAUCAUGACUUCUAAGAAGCAGACACUGUGAGGGUGAUGAUGCAGCUAUGGGGCUAUCGUUGCGGACCGCGGAGCAAAAGGUCCCUUCAGUAUUUUUAGAAGCAAAGCGGUACAGUACUCUUCACCUUUUUGGCAAUCUGUGAGAAUGACUUUAGUUUCCAGUUGUUUGGACAGUGUACUUGGCCAUGAUGGAUUACUUGGGAAGAAGCACAGGGUUUCUUAUCUCAAGCCUCACGGUACUUUAUCUUGAUGGAAUAAAACAGACACUAGGAAUAUGUAUCUACUUAAAAGAAAAUAGUAUUUUUGCGUUAGCAUAUGCACUUUAUGCAAAAGCUGCGUUCUUUGCCGGAGAAGAUGUUUUCGAGGAUUUUUUUUUUUAAUUUGUAGUGGUAUAGUGGUAAAUGACUGCAUGACUGAAUUAAUGCCUUCAGAUUCGAUACGUGGGCACUGUUCAUUUUAAUUCAUACCUUCUUAUUAAAAGAUUUGUGAAUGCAUCCGUGGUUAAAGGUUUGUAUCCUCAUUAUGUACAAAAAUAAUUAAAAAAACUAAUAGGGUUACACUCCAGUUUGAUCAUUAAUAGUUGAUGAAAUAUCGCAACUCCAGCCUUACUCGGUUUGGUACGCACUAAGUAUCCUAUGUCAAAUGCCAGCAUAUCAAGUACCUAUACAUUUGAAAUGGAUGGAAGGAGGGAUGGAUGGAUGGGUAUUUUCUUUAAUGUAUUCUAUAGGGUUCAUAUGAAUAGUCCUGAUGCAAAGCUGUCCCGUCACAUAAUCUCUCUGGUUUAAAGCCAUAUUUACUAUCAUCUAAUUAGUUUAAUGAAUAUUUUCCUCUAUACCUUGUUAUACCUAGCAUACAUUAACAAGUAUAAAUGCAUGGAGGGAGUCCACAUUUGGUUGUCUACAUUGAAUCCGUCUUCUAUAACUAACGCCUAGUCGUCUAUUAUUGUCCCCUCAUCCUUUCAGAUCACCAGAUCGCAAUCUUCAAUUUGCGUCCAUUUGUACUGGACCCAGAUCGGUUCCACAGAUGUGAUGUCACAAAUUGUGCCCAAAAGGCAGCCAACCUAGAUUUCACUGAAAACAACAAAACCGUUUCCCUCUGCUGGUGAAUAUAGGAAGAAGAAGAUGUGAAGAUUAUGAUCCGGCGAAAAGUGGAGCAGUUAUAAUUUAUACAGUCAAGGUCAUGCUUCUGUCAUUUAUUAAUUCAUCCGUUUUGAGGUGGAAAGGUCUUAAAAUAAGAAAAGCUGUGACCGGUUCAGGGUCUAUAUUAUUUAGAGUCCUCUCCGCCGUUGCAGAGGGAUGAGUCCGAUGGAGAGAGCUUGGUGGACAUCCUGAUAUGGAAGCAGGCCGUGUGCCCUGACAUGCUUGUUAAUUAUAUUUUAUAGUCUUGGCUGAGAUGGUAGUGGAACAUGUGGGUGUCAGGGUUGUUUUGCUGGUGUACCGUUUCAGGAGGUCUGGUCUUGCUGCAUCAGGAGCAGCUGGUUAACUUAUCGCAAUUGUUUCAAUCAGUCCUAUUCUAGGAUAAAAAUUGUAACAUUGCACCGUUUGUCUGCAACAUUGACACAACGUUGUGUCCUGAAUUGAUUUCGUCAUGUAUUGGUAGCGUGUGUAGUGUAAGUGCAGACCCCCACAAAAUGUAUUCGAAAAAUUCAGCUUGAAGAGUUGUUGCGGAGACAGUCUGCAAUAGAAUAGUUUUAUUAACCGUACAUGUAGGGCUCCUUCUCCUCCCUGAUGGUGUGGACUGGCUGUGCCCCCCAGCCCCAACAUGGCCCUUGUAAAAACUUUACAAGUUGACCACUUAUCUAGCUACGACCCAUCCUGUUUUAUCAUCACAGUGCUCCUCUGGCUCCCCAGACGCCAGCCUAAACAACGAUGAACAUGCUGUCUCUUCUUCUUCUGUUUGGCGUAUUCAAAGCAUGCGAUCGAUGGGCCAACUUUGUGGGGUUUCCACUAUUGUCACCGUUUCACUGGGCGAGUAUAGUGCCUUGUUAGGCUCAUCAGUCGAGGUUUGUUGGGUUUUCAAUACAUUGUCUGGUGUGAAUGGUACACACACACACUCACUCACACUCACUCACUCUAAGAUAUUACAUUGAUUUAUUUUGCAAUACAUCUGUGAUUCUGUGUCAUAACUUAUUCACACACACACACACAUGUCUAAGAUAUUACUCUUGGAGUAUUUUGCAAUACUUCUGUGUCAUCAUAACUUAUUCUCACACACACACACACACACACACACACACACACACACACACACACACACACACACACACACACACACACACACACACACACACACACACACACACACACACACACACACACACACACACACACACACACGCGCGCUAUUACAGUUGUUUUAUUUUGCAAUGCAUCUGCGAUUCUGUGUCAAAGCUUAUUCACACACACACACACUCACUCACACACUCCUCUCUGGACCGACUCAUGGAAAAGCCCAUUUCAAAUAUAAGAGCUGCUUAAUACGCCAGACCUUAGCGUUGUCAGGGGGGCCAGACUGUAGGAAGGCUGUGUCUGCUGAUGAUGCAGCAGCAUUCUGACUCACCGUCCCCCCCUCCCUGGAUGUGAAAUGGAAGAUGCCUGUUACAUGAUACAGAGCAUGUGGGGCAGCAGAGGUAGCCGCGAUGUCAAAAGAGUUUGGGACUUCAGUCCCGCGGGACGGCAACACGGCGCGAGGAGCUAGAGGAGGGGGCUCCUAUCCCCAGCAACACCGGAGACGGCUCGCUCACGUCGGCCGCGCGCUUCGCCGAGACCCCUCCUCCACGGAUUUACUUUUUCCCUCUGAAGCGAGGACGACGGGGGAGAGCAGAGGACGGAGCGCCCUCUUCCCUGCUGGUUUUAUUCUUGAAUGGGUCCAUGCCGCAUCCGGCCGCAGACCCCGUCCCGCGCCGACCCCGUCCCAUCCCGAGCAGAGGCGUCGUCCUCCUCCCCGUGUCUGGCGGGACCUGACCAGCCCCCCCCCCCCAAGGAGCCCCGCGGCGGACUUCCCCACACCCGGUCCGUCAGGACCUCUCGGGAGUCUGACUCUGUCGUCCCGCGGUCACCGUGACGACACAGACCAGGCGAUGUCCGACCCCGGUUUGUGGACGCUGCUGUCCAACUUCAACAUGCCCCAGUUCUUCAGCGGCGCGAGGCUGCGGCGCUCCAAGAGCUGCCGAACCAGCAACAGGAAGAGCCUGAUAGGAAGUGGGCAGUCGUCAGCGUUACCCCGACCACACUCCCCUCUCUCAUCACUCACAGGGUCGAGCCCUCAAGACAGUCCAAGGAACUUCUCUCCCAGUGCCUCUGCUCACUUUUCCUUCGCCCGAAGUCAUUUCCACAGAGCAGACAGGUCCGACGGGCGCCGCUGGUCCCUGGCCUCCCUGCCCUCGUCGGGCUAUGGAACCAACACCCCCAGCUCCACGGUCUCGUCGUCCUGUUCAUCACAGGAGAAGCUGCACCAGCUGCCCUUCCAGCCCACCCCCGACGAGCUGCACUUCCUGUCCAAGCACUUCUGCACCGAGAGCAUCGGGGGGGCGGACGAGUGCCGCCGCGUCACGCCCAUGCGGCCGCGCUCCCGCAGCCUCAGCCCUGGAAGGUCCCCGUCCUGCUAUGACCAUGAGAUCGUAAUGAUGAAUCAUGUGUACAAGGAACGCUUCCCUAAGGCCACGGCCCAGAUGGAAGAGCGCAUCCUGGAGGUCAUCCGCAGCAGCUCCCCGGAGAGCGUGCUCCCCCUGGCGGACGGGGUGCUGGGGUUCGCCCACCACCAGAUCAUCGAGCUGGCCCGGGACUGCCUGGAGAAGAGCCGGCUGGGGCACAUCACCUCCAGCUACUUCUGCGAGCUCACCGACAAGCUGGAGCGGCUCUUCCAGGAGUCCACGGAGCGCUCUGACAGCGAGGAGGUGAACUUCAUCAAAGAGCUGGUGAAGAAGCUCCUCAUCAUCAUCGCCCGGCCUGCUCGACUCCUGGAAUGCCUGGAGUUCGACCCGGAGGAGUUCUACCACCUACUGGAGGCGGCCGAGGGCCACGCCAAGGAGGGCCAGGGCAUCAAGACCGACAUCCCCCGCUACAUCAUCAGCCAGCUGGGCCUCACGCGAGACCCCCUGGAAGAGAUCGCUCAGAUGACGGGCUGCGACAGCGGCAUUGCAGACACGCCGGAGUCCGACGAGUCCCAGUCCCAGAGCAUCAGUGCGGCACUGCGGUCGAGGCGUAAGCCCUGCGAGGUGGACUUUGAGAUGAUGAAGCUGAUCAGCAACGGUGCCUAUGGCGCCGUCUACCUGGUCCGCCACAAGGAGACCAAGCAGCGCUUCGCCAUGAAGAAGAUCAACAAGCAGAACCUGAUCCUGAGGAACCAGAUCCAGCAGGCCUUCGUGGAGCGGGACAUCCUCACCUUCGCCGAGAACCCCUUUGUGGUGUCCAUGUUCUGCUCCUUCCAGACCCGCCGCCACCUCUGCAUGGUGAUGGAGUACGUGGAAGGAGGUGACUGCGCCACGCUGCUGAAGAACAUGGGACCCCUGCCGGUGGACAUGGCAAGGAUGUACUUUGCCGAGACGGUGCUCGCCCUGGAGUACCUUCACAACUAUGGCAUCGUGCACCGAGACCUCAAACCAGACAAUCUGCUGGUCACCUCCAUGGGCCACAUCAAGCUGACCGACUUUGGGCUGUCCAAGGUGGGCCUGAUGAACAUGACCACUAACCUGUACGAAGGACACAUCGAGAAGGACGCCAGGGAAUUCUCAGACAAGCAGGUGUGUGGGACCCCAGAGUACAUCGCCCCAGAGGUGAUCCUGAGACAGGGCUAUGGGAAGCCGGUGGACUGGUGGGCCAUGGGCAUCAUCCUGUACGAGUUCCUGGUGGGCUGCGUGCCCUUCUUCGGGGACACCCCCGAGGAGCUCUUCGGACAGGUCAUCAGCGAUGAGAUCAACUGGCCCACUGGAGAGGACACCCCCCCAGCCGACUCCCAGGAACUCAUCACGCUGCUGCUUAGACAGAACCCCAUGGAGAGGAUGGGCACAGGUGGUGCCAGUGAGGUGAAGAAUCACCAGUUCUUCCACCACCUGGACUGGAACAGCCUUCUGAGGCAGAAGGCCGAGUUCAUCCCGCAGCUUGAGUCCGAGGACGACACCAGCUACUUCGACACCCGCUCGGAUCGCUACCACCACCUGGAGACGGAGGAGGAGGAUGCCAAUGAGGAAGACUUCAAUGUCGAGCUUCAGCAGUUCUCCUCCUGUUCCCACAGGUUCUCCAAGGUGUACAGCAGCCUGGACCUGUCCCGGGGCCAGCUGGAGGAGAAGGGCGAGGAGGGGGACGAGGAAGAGGAGGAGGAGAAGAAGAGUGACAGCCCGCUGACCCUGGACUCCCUCAGCUGGACCCCAGACUUCACUGAGAUGCCCUCCCUGUCACACUCCAUGGACCCCGCGGAGGCCCUGGCCCCGGGCCCCCAGCGCUGCUCCACCUCGCUGCCCAAGUUCUCCAUCUCGGCGGAGAGUGGGGGGGGGGAGAGCUCGGGGCUGGGGGCGUCCGGCAGCAAGGCCUCCUUCUCCAUCGGGGAGCUGCCCCGGGACGGGCCCGAGCCCACCACGCCCGGGAGCAGCCACAGCGGGGCCACGCUCUCUGGGAGUUUCUCGGAGCACUUGGACCCCCGGCCGACCUCAAGAGGGGAGGCGGUGGGCCCCAGCGCAGACCUCUGCACCACCUCCCCCUCCCCCUCCGCCACCUCCCUCCAGAAGACGCAGGGCGCCAGCCUGCGUCCCGAGGGUCCGGCCGGCUCUGGGGAGAGGUCCCCGCUCCCCAAGAUCACCAAGUCCCUCUCGGCCAGCGGCCUGUCCCUGCUGAUCCCUGGAGACAUCUUCGGGAUGUCUCCGCUGGCCAGCCCCCUGUCCCCCUACUCCCUGUCCUCGGACCCCUCGUCCCGGGACUCCUCCCCCAGCCGGGACUCCUCUCUCCAGGGGGGGCUGGGCGCUCGCCAGCCCGUCGUCAUCCACAGCCGCGGGAAGAAGUUUGGCUUCACGCUGCGGGCCAUCCGGGUGUAUGCCUGCGACGGAGACGUCUACACCGUCUACCACAUGGUCUGGAACGUGGAGGACGGUGGGGCUGCUCAGAAGGCCGGCCUGAAGGCUGGAGACCUCAUCACCCAUGUGAACGGAGAGGCCGUCCACGGCCUGGUCCACACAGACGUGGUGGAACUGCUCCUCAAGAGCGGCAGUAAGGUAACCAUCACCACGACACCCUUUGAGAAUACCUCCAUUAAAAUGGGGCCUGCCAGACGCAACAGCUACAAGAGCAAGAUGGUCCGAUGCACCAAGAAACCCAAGAAGGAGAGGACCCAAGAAAGUCGGCGUUCGCUGUUCAGGCGCUUCGCCAUGCAGCCCUCCCCGCUGCUGCACACCAGCCGCAGCUUCUCGUCUCUCAACCACUCUCUAUCCUCCGGUGAGAGUCUCCCGGGGUCUCCCUCGCACAGCCUGUCCCCUCACUCCCCUACUGGGGCCCUCCACCCCAAACCAGAUUUCAACCAAUCAGCUGGUAACUCCUCCCAGAGCAGCUCCCCGAGCUCCAGCGCUCCCAACUCCCCUGCAGGCUCCGGCCACAUCCGGCCCAGCUCCCUUCACGGCCUCGCCCCUAAGAUCACUGGGCAGCGGCUCCGCCAGGGGCGCCGCAAGUCGGCCGGCAGCAUCCCUCUGUCUCCUCUGGCGCGAACGCCGUCGCCCACACCUCAGCCCACGUCCCCUCAGCGAUCCACCUCUCCCCUCCUGGGGGGGCACCCUGUGGCCAUCUCCAAGUCUAACCAAGCGUACCCCACUAAGAUCCACUCCCCGCCGACUAUCGUGCGCCACAUCGUGCGCCCAAAGAGUGCCGAGCCGCCGCGGUCUCCGCUCCUGAAGCGGGUGCAGUCGGAGGAGAAGCUGUCCCCGUCCUACACGGGGGAUAAGAAACACCUCUGCACCCGUAAGCUCAGCCUGGAGGUGACCCAGGAGGAGGUGCAGGAUGAGGAGUUGAGGUGCGGCGACAGGGAUUACCUUAGCUUGCACAGCGUCGAGGAGACGCCCUGCGAACCCAUGGCCGUCAACCGCGUCCGCCCCGCCGAGCAGGGGUGCCUGAAGAGGGCCGUCGCACGCAAGGUGGGCCGGCAGGAGUCCCUGGAGGAGCUGGACAAAGAUAAGCUCAAGGCCAAGGUGGUGAUGAAAAGACAGGACUGGUCGGAGAGGAGAGAGUCCUUACAAAAGCAGGAUGCCCUGCGAGAGUACGACUCUUCCUCGUCCCCUUGUGGAGAUGACUGUGACAAAGGUCCGAGCAGGUCUCAGAGAUGCGCCGACGGUAGCUUGCUAGAACCAAAAGCCGCCAGCACCACCAAAGACGUCCUGUAUAAGAAGCUCAACACGCCGCGCGUCUGCGAGGGAAAUUCAGAUGCGUCUGGUGGUGUAGGUCUUGAGAACGAUGGGGUCCUCCGUUCACCCCUGUGCUCCAUUCACCCAGACUGGCAGCUCUCGUCUCGACAGGGUAAGGACAUGCUGAAGCCAGACAGGCUGGACUUCAAAGUGGCCAACAUAGAUUUCACCAGGAAGAGGUUGUCUUUUGAGGAGCGUGAGGACUGCGUGUGUCGACUGUCCCCUGGCAUGCACGAAGGCCUACACUUUGCCACGACCCGGUCCAAAAGUCUUCAGCUGGACUCUGCCAUGUGUCAUGACCACCUGAAGGGUGGACUGGGUCACUCCAACCCUGAAGGCCUGGCCCCUAAGCUCUUCUGUGGACGAGGGGAAAGUGCCGUGGAGAAGCUCCAGCUCAUCUCCUCGUCAGAAGGUCCGCUCAGAAAGACUUCCUCAGAAUACAAACUGGAAGGGCGUCUUGUUUCUUCCCUCAAACCCCUGGAGGGCACCCUGGACAUCGGCUUGCUCUCGGGCCCUAGACUUUCAAAAACCGAGACCUGUCUGUCCAAACUGACGGAGAAUGGAAGUCAAUCUUCAAGUCUCACAAUAUCCUCCCAAAGGCCACUAUCCAGCCCCCAGCUGAAACUACUUGCAGAGAAGCCGAAGAGCCCGCUUGCUUGUGCCAGCAGCCCUGGGCCUGUUUUGUCUCUAGAUAGACCUGCUUUCUCUGUGGAGCAGCCGCCAUGUACAACAACAAGUACCACAAUGUCGGAAUGCAGUGGUUGUGGAGAGCAACCACAGGAAUUAAGCAGUGAAUCUUUGAAGAGUCCUACAUGCAAAGUGGAGGCCGCACUUGUUGGUUGUAAACAAGAGAGCCGAACAGGCACGAAGCCAAGUUCAUCACUGGCACAUGAACACAGAAGCUCUCGUCACAGCUCACACUUCUCUGCCUGUGGAAAAUCCCCGUCCAUACGAGAGGUCAGCAACGAAGACCAAGAGGACGAAGUUGAAAAGCAGAACCUGACAACAUCGACUGGUACAAAAAACACCUCCAAGGUAGAUGACGGAGCUCCGACUUUAGCCCAUGCUGUUUUGAAGACACCUCAGCCUCUUAGCCACAAAAAGCGACCCACGCCACAGACCUCCACCGUUUCCGUUUGUCAAGGAAGUCUGCAAGAGACCCGUGUGACCGUGCAAUACAUCCUUGAGGAUUCCCAACACCUUUCCCUGCAGCAACUUCUGUUCCAUAGUCCUACUAAAGACAAACAAGAGCAAGACGACAAAACCUGUGGCUCAAAGUCCCAGGAGGAGCCCAGCAAUUUGUCAGCAGUGAGCAAAGAGAAUUUACAGCUUCAAAGGCAACCACUAGAAGUGGGUAGGCCUACAACUAGCGCACUUAUAGCCCCAGUGGAAAGGAUUAAAUCUCCCGAAGAGGCACACUCACGUCCUGCGUUGAGUGAGGUGGUUUUUAAAGGUGCAGUCGACUCCUUGGCAUCACUCACUGAACUCACAAAAUCCACGGAGGGGGCCUUUGUCCAGCCAAGCACAUCAAGUGCAGUAGGGGUUGGCAAAGGUAAGCAGAACAAAGAUCCUCCAACAACACCAAAGGGUAUGAGGAGUUCUGAUGGGGAGAAGGUAGCUCCUGAGAGGACACCGUCCUCAAAAGCUGCCCUGGUAAAUACACCUACCAAAGCACCCGAGGAAAGCACCCCUCUGAAAAAACAAAAGGCUGAGGUAGACUGCAAGGAAACAUACAUAUCCACUACAGGGAAACAAAGACAACCAACAGACGUUGCAACAGGAGAUGAAAAGGUUCUGUGCCGGAGAGGUAAGCAAGGAGCUGACCGUCUUCCCCUGGCUCAGACCGUCCAGAAGGUGGAGAGGGAGAAAAAGACAUCCGAGAGGGAUGGUAUCAACACUAGCAGCUCCAAGGGCUGUCUGGAAACCCCACACUCUGUUUCCCCGACUAAUGCGAGCAAUGCUUCUAAGAAGGAAACCUCCCGGCUGUCAACAGGACCUUCCGCGGAUUCGAGAAACAAAGAUGUGGUCCGACAAACCGCCGGUAUGAACGGAAGAACGUCUUCUGUUGUCACAAAAACAAGCACGUAUACGAAAUUACAAGAAAGCCCGCCCAAAAGUGUUCCGAUAACCUCUGGUCAUAACGUUAAAGAAAACACAGACUCAAAGCAAAAAAGCCCUCCUCCUUCCAAACCUGGAAGCGCCUCCUUCCCCAUGAAGACCCCUGUAGGUCCCAUCACGAAACAAACCACCACGACCAUGAAACAAACCACCACGACCACAACGACUACCACCACCAAACAAGGCCAAGAAGCCAGGCGUAAAGACGCCUCAAUCAGACCUCCAGUUACGGUCUGCAAAGAUAAGGACGCAAGCUUAAAGGACAUCAGGCCUGCUCUUUCUGUGCCACAAAAGAUUCCACAGCAUCUCAAGGUGCCUCAGCCAAACAUCCCCCCAUCCCCCACUCCUCCACAACCAGCAACAGCACCGCUAUCACCUCAAGGGCCUGCGUCAAAGAAAGAGACGCCCAACGGUGGGGUCUGCUCGGGCAGGGUUUGCCGCGAUCCGGAGCCUGAGCAAAAGGCCUCCCAGGAGGGUCCAGGAACGAGUGGGCUCAAAGCGGACGCUCACAAGGAGCGGCAGGGUACAGAUGUCCUGGGGUUCAGGCCCGGUGCAGCGCUGGACUCCAGGGCCACACCCUCUGAUAAACUGACGUCCUCCUCUCAUCACCGCAAGGAGCAGGCGGAGCGGAAGAAGAAGGAGAUGGGUCAGGAGGGUGUGGCUGCGCAGAGGAAAGAGGCGUCCAGGGGGGGGGCGGUUGUCGUGGAAGAGAGUGGUUCGGGGGCUGAUAAAGACACUGGUAGGUGCAAGCAGCGAAAAGACUCACCGAGGAAGAAGUGAAUCGUUACUUGGCAGCACAUCAUGCAGAAUUUUGUUGAGGAACGAAAAAAAGGUUUCAAAUAUUUUGCCACUACAUUAUCAUGCCUUUUAUUCUUGUUUUGAAGACCGGAGAAGCUGUUGCUGUGUGUGUGAGUGGGUUUGUGUGUGUGUGUGUGUGUGUGUGUGUGUGUGUGUGUGUGUGUGUGUGUGUGUGUGUGUGUGUGUGUGUGUGUGUGUGUGUGUGUGUGUGUGUGUGUGUGUGUGUGUGUGUGUGUGUGUGUGUGUCUCAGUGUGUGUGCCAUUGUGUGCGCGUGUGUGUGAUUCAACAUGAGCACAACAACUGCAUUGCUCAGAAAGUGUGUACUUGAUACGAAAACCUAUGAAAACACUGAAAAUGUCCAUAAGACUGAAUGUAGGCAAUGGAUUGCUAACACAUUUUUGGAAGAAAUUAGUAAAAAAAACAAAUGUGUUCAGUCAAUGUUUUGAGAUGUAUUAUUUUUGAUAGCCGAAUGCAUUGUGCAAUCCGCAAGUCAGGGACGACAGGGGAGUUGGAUGAAGCUCGUACUGUAAGAUCAGUGCCAUAUUUGAUUUUUGAAUUGCAUUCUUAUGUCACAGCUCUGGGCACCUGAAAGGUGAUGGGACACUAAUAAGGCACUACAAUAACCAGUCAGAACCGACUCCACUAUUAUCACUCGAGAAAUGUACUCAGUAUAUCAGUGUUUAUUUUUAGAGUUCCUAGUCGGACAGUUGGCAGUUAGUUUCGAGUCGUUCGUACUCAAAAAAGAAAAUGCACUAUGUCCCGUCCUUCUGCGUGGAACGCUUAAAAAACAGCCCUCUUUUUUGUUUCUAGAAACAGCGGUUUGUGACAAGGGCGUACAGACGUUAAAACGGUGGCGUUCUCAACAGGUUGAGCGCUAGCUACAUUCCACUCACCCACACGUGUACAUGUAAAGAAAGGGAUUGAUUUUUAUGCAAUAUGUUGUAAAUAUACAGUAAGAACCGGGACGUGGGUGUUUCUAUUAUGAUGUGUAGAUAUUUGCGAUCACAUGUUGGUGUUCUAACUUAAGCUAGCGUAACGCGUAUCCCGUCCGUAAGACAUCCUCACGUAGAACUUGUUUUAAAAAAAAUUACUUGAAAAGUGAGGAAAUGUGGCGCGGUCGGGCAUCUGGGCUUUUCUUAACGUAGCAUAAAUUAGCAAAACUGUGAGGGUCGCGUUAACGAAGAAUGUUUUAUUAAUGAUGCCAUAAUGUUGGUGAACUGACUUACUGUGUUUCUAGGGAGCGGUCUGUGUUUGUGUGUGACACACUGGGCAGAGUAGCUUUGCAAGGAGAACCUGCCAUACUUUGAAGUGUUCAGGGUGGCUCCCUAUGACUGGGUGUUUAUGUGCGAGCACGUUUGGGUGUGGUGUGUUGGAAAUCACGGUAAAGUAGACACGGACACAGAGUCCAGUUUGCAAAAGAUUAACGUUUGGAGCUGCGGUUUAAUAAAAAUGGAUUCUGGAUUGGUUUAGUGUUUCUAAUAAAAAGUAUAUCACUGUGCAACAGUUGGCUUACAGCUUCAUCUAGGCAAAUAUUAGAAACGAACAUCGACGGUGAAUAGCAAAAGGCCAUCUUACUUUCAUGAUGCUUGGUACUAUACCGAGGGGGGUGCAGUCACAUCUCCCGCGCUCAGCUCUUUCAACACUCAGUCACAUGCACACAUCCGAUACACGGUAGAUGCCUUUAAAUUACCUACCCUAAAUGUCCCCCAGAAGGUAGCCUAGGUCUCUAUGUUAUGCAGUAUUUGCUCUGUUGUGCUGGCUAUAUAAAACCAAUAGUUUUGUCUACCUAUAUGUCGGUGAUGAGAAAGAUGACCUUAUCCUUGACGAAUAAAUAUAGAGUUUAUGUAAAGGACUAUAUAACCACUAAUGCAAACUCAAACCACACAAAACGUGUCCUUGGAGAGGAGCGGUUUGUCGGAAUCUGACAUUGACUCGGGUAAGGUAUCGUAGACGUAUACUAAUGUCUUCUGGGAGAACACAUGCACCUUAAUGUUAUUAAUGGUAUUCCCCCGGUAGUCUUGGAGGGGAACGUCAUGAGCGGAGGUUUGAGAAAUCUGAUCACAGGUUCCUCUGUCAAAACAAUUUCACUCACUUUUGAAACCCUAAUGAAUUAAAAUUGAUUCAAAAGUUAGUUUUUAACGCAAUCUCCCUUCCCCAGCCAUCACCGUUCUCUCUCUCAAAUUAGACUUUCGAAAUCCUCAAAGCACAUUCAAUGUUUGUUUACAAAAGAGUCAUAUAUGUAUAUUUUGUAUAUUGUUCAUUUGCCAAAUCUAUGUUCCGUGUCACAGAGAAAUGUGCCGUUUCUGAUAGUCUGUAACUUUCUGUUGUGCUAUUUACCAAGACCAUUUAUUCGUGUGGAAGUUUGAUUUCUGUCAGGUUGUUCUUUUGACGCGUUUGUCCUUUUGCUUUGUAUUUGUUUUGUUAUCUUGUUUUCUGUGAUGAUAAAGUAUUAGAUGAAAUUGCUUAAUGUGUUUCUUUUCUUUUAGGAUCUGUGCAAUAAAGUGUUUGAGUUUUGUAUUUUGCCCAAGGAAAGCUCUAUGGAUGUCAUAGAUGUUGUAUAGUAAAAAAACGAUAUUUAUACUUCUAAUGUUGCGUAAUACUGCAAAUAAAUUGCAAUGAUCAAUAAUGAA